GUGAAACAAGCCACUCAAUUUGCCUAGAUAAAAGUCCAAGCGAAAUGCUGCUUGAUUCUGAUAGUUCAACACACCAAUCUUGUACUCCUCAAGAAUAACUAUUGGAAUCGUGUAAUCAAAACACCUCUUCCUGGAAUCUGUUUUCCCUGCGUGUAAAUGCCUCUGCUUUCAGGGAGGCUUAUGACUUAACUGGGAUACUUGAGGAGUCAAUUGCAAAGCCAGAGUGCCCACUGGCCUUAUUGAGCUCAUGUUUCUUGUCCUGGCUGAGGUUCCAAGAACAUGAGCUGGCUAAAUUAGCAAGCAAACAUGAUCACUGACAAAUUAUUUUCUCUCGAUCUUUGUUGUCAACAACGUAUUACUUUAAGGCAGCAUUUUUGUUCCUUACGGAAGCUUAGAACGGGGUUAGUAUCCCCUGACAGCACAAUUCUCUGGCAAUGGAGGAAAGUGCCUAUCUCAAGAUGCCAUCAGAAGAUACUGAGUCACCUUGGUCCUGGAUUCCACUGAUGAAGGAUCCUGGUUGGAUCCGGAAUGUCUGGACACGUAACCUGAAUGCACAAACCAUGAAUUACGUUGGGCAGUUAGCGGGCCAGGUUUUUGUGACCGUGAAAGAACUCUAUAAAGGAUUAAAUCCUGCCACGUUGUCUGGGUGUAUUGACAUCAUUGUUGUCCGCCAGCCUGAUGGAAAUCUUCACUGUUCCCCUUUUCAUGUACGCUUUGGAAAGAUGGGAGUUUUGCGUUCAAAGGAAAAAGUGGUGGACAUAGAAAUUAAUGGAGAAGCCAUAGAUUUGCACAUGAAAUUAGGGGACAAUGGAGAAGCCUUUUUUGUUGAGGAAACAUGUAAUGACAAGGAUACAAUUCCGUACCACCUGGCUACAUCUCCCAUUCUAUCUGAUGGAGCAGCUCUCAUGGAAUCGCAGUUGAAAAGAAAUUCCAUCGACCGAAUGCGAAAUGUGGAUUUAUCCAGCCCUACCCAAGCCGCGGACUCUGCUUCUCCAACCACAUUGGAACCCACUUCUUCAGGCAGCUCUGUGAAGAAACGAAGAAAGAGGAGGAGGAAAUCCACCCACAGGAUAGACAUUACAAGAAGAGAUAGCAAUAUAGAUACCACGGAAGAAGAAAACAUGUUUUCUAUAGAACUGAGUUCAGAUGAAGAAAAUGAGCUGCUAGAUAAUGCAAGAACAUCUGUCCCUGACUUGAACAGAGAUGAACUUCCGGAUAUAAAUUCUUCUUCAAUCAGUGUACUUCCUCACCACCACUCAGAUGGAGAAUGGUCUCCCAUCCAAAGUAAACCUAUAGCUUGCACAGGGAAGUCCUCUCAUUUUACCGCUCCAGCAGAGGGAGCGCUAUCUAGUUCUUGUCCGCAGCCGUCUUCUCAGUAUCCUGCUUCAGACAGUCGGCAAAGUUCACGGCCUCCUACUCCUAAAAGUGACUCUGAAUUAGUCAGCAAACCGUUGGAAAGAGGUAUUCAGAACAACAAUCCUCAGAUGCAUUGGGACUGGGGAGAACUACCUCAAGCCACAAAGUCUACUGUUCUUCUCAGACCAAAAGAACCCAGCACAGUGAAUGUGAAUUCUUCUGAAAACACUCACUUUCGAGUGAUUCAGAGCAACACUUCGGAGGAAUUUAGUAGCUUGUCUCCCUUACCGGUCCUUGGAGAGCCGGAUGCUGUGACUCUGGAAGACGCAGAAUUGCGGGUGGUGGCAGCUGAGAUAAAUGAGCCAGAUAUAGACACUUUAGGGGCAGCUGCACCUCCACUCCCUGUCAAUGAGGAAAUAAAGCAGACUGCAACUUGCUCUGUGCAGCCAGCGAGCAAAACAGAUUCUCCCUCCAAGAAAAAAGAUAAGCGGAGUCGACAUCUUGGGGCGGAUGGAGUAUAUUUAGAUGACCUCACAGACAUGGAUCCAGAGGUUGCUGCACUGUACUUCCCUAAAAACGAUGAUCAUAUUGCCCAUCUCAAGAAUGCAAGUGAAAACGAACCUCGUUCAGCAAAUCAGUCUCCUCAAUCAGUUGGAAGUUCCGGAGCAGAUAGCGGAACGGAGAGCACCUCUGACGGGAUCCGAGACUUGCCGUCCAUUGCCAUUUCACUCUGCGGGGGUCUUAGUGACAACAAAGAAAUUUCGAAAGAAACGUUUUUAGCCCAAGAAGUGUCCUAUCAGCAGUUUGUGGAAAAUCCUGCCAUCAUUGAUGAUCCCAACCUUGUGGUGAAGAUUGGAACCAAAUACUACAACUGGACGACAGCAGCUCCUCUACUGCUGGCAAUGCAGGCGUUCCAGAAACCUUUGCCAAAGUAUUCUUGUUUGAAUUUCUUCAAUGUAGUUCUGGAUACCAUUAGGUUUUGCUUUGAUAAGAUAUGUGGUCAGCAGACAGCCACUGUGGAUUCUAUAAUGAGGGAUAAGAUGCCCAAAAAAGGUGGAAGAUGGUGGUUUUCAUGGCGAGGGAGGAAUAGCUCUAUCAAGGAGGAAGCAAAACCGGUUCCAGGUCUGAGUGGGCAAGAAGCUGUGGAUAUUGCAGACAGAAUCAAAGAUGAGUCAUCUUCAAGCGAUGAAGACCUCAGAGCUGCAAAACAACCCAGUGGAUCAUUAUCCUCAAGCUUUGGUCAUCUCUCGCUAUUGCCUGGAGUCGGUUAUAAAAAGACUCUUCGGCUCACUUCAGAACAGCUUAAAAGUCUAAAUCUUAAGAACGGUCCCAAUGAUGUGAUUUUUAGCGUCACAACGCAAUACCAAGGAACAUGUCGCUGUGAAGGCACCAUCUACUUGUGGGACUGGGACGACAAGGUCGUUAUUUCUGACAUCGAUGGCACAAUCACUAGGUCAGAUACUUUAGGCCAUAUUUUGCCCACCCUUGGCAAAGACUGGACACAUCAAGGCAUUGCCAAAUUGUACCAUAAAGUCAGCCAAAAUGGAUAUAAGUUCCUGUACUGCUCAGCUCGUGCUAUAGGGAUGGCAGAUAUGACCCGAGGAUAUUUACACUGGGUCAAUGAACGAGGAACUGUGCUACCUCAAGGCCCUGUGUUACUGAGUCCCAGCAGUUUGUUCUCAGCUUUCCACAGAGAGGUGAUUGAGAAGAAGCCAGAGAAGUUUAAAGUUCAGUGUCUAACAGACAUCAAAAACCUGUUUCAACCCAACUCAGAACCUUUUUAUGCUGCUUUUGGCAACAGACCUGCUGACGUGUACUCAUACAAGCAAGUGGGGGUCUCACUCAACAGAAUAUUCACUGUGAAUCCUAAAGGAGAGCUAAUUCAAGAACACGCAAAGACCAACAUUUCAUCAUAUGCAAGACUCUGUGAAGUGGUAGAUCAUGUAUUUCCUCUGCUGAAAAGAAGCCAUUCUUCUGACUUCCCAUGUUCGGAUACUUACAGUCAGUUCACAUACUGGAGGGAACCACUGCCCCCUUUUGAAAAUCAGGAUAUUCAUUCUAAUGCACCAUAACUGCUUCUGGCUUUUCCUGUCAACAGUUUGAAGGAUCAACUGUUUUACACUUAAACGAUACUGCUGGAAUUUGCCACAAUAGUUCACCUGGAGUUUGGGAUGUAGUGAACAUUUUGUAAUGUCAGUUCAGAAAAUUAUUUUUUGUGCUUGAAAGUAAUAUUUCUGAAAGUUGCACUCCUAGCUGUUCUCCAGCUUCAUGCUCAAGAUGCACCAUAUAGUCUUAUUGUGGAAGGACGUCUCUGAGUGCCAGGGUACCGGGCUUCUCAAAAGCAAAAUCCUUUGUGGUCUUUAGUUUUUCCAUUUCAUGCCAGUCAUCACCAAGGCCUUUAUGAUGUUAUUAUUCAGGGUGGAGAAGGGCAAAAUAAUAUUAGACUCUGAGCUGAACUGCGUUUUUAUAAGACAACUGCUGCCCGCCCCAACCCAAGAUAAAUAUUUGAUCAACCAAAAUGAUCAAAUCUAUUGAACUCAAGUCCAUUGGUAUGUAGUCUUCAUAUGUUUGACAUUUACGUGGUACAGUAAGAGUCACUUAAAAGCUGUCCUAGUUCACAUUGGAUGAGUCUGAGGCAUACUCCUUAGCAUCCCCCAGAUCAAUAUGGUGCAGAACUGCCAAACUGCUGUCUAGACUCACAGGAUAUAUAUUUUUUAACUGUUGAUGUUAUUCCUGAACAAAAUAGUGAUAUAUCUAUUUAUGUAUCUGAUACACGUGUGCCAUUGGCUCAUCUGAAUCUUGGGCCCUUUCCCCACUCACCUUUGUCCGAGGGUUGCUGCGCGCAAUUCCCAGCGUGCGCAAUUCCUGGUGUGCGCCCCGGC